AUGUUCAGUGAAACGAGAUUGACAUAUGCAUCGAUCCGAAGUAGCAUCAGCUGUUUGAUAUGCGGGGGGGUCCUAAACGACGCCCUCUCCCUGACAGACUGCCACCACUCUUUUUGUAGAGAAUGUUUGAAGGAACAUGUACAAAAAAGUCACUCGUGUCCCGUGUGUGGCACAGUCAUCCACCCCAUCCAUCCUUGGACCUACAUUAUGAAGGACAACCAGCUGCAGUGCAUUGUUUCCAAGUUGAAAAAGAUCUUUUCCACUGACCCGAGCAGUGCCAUCAUGGACGAGUGCCUUCCAGAUGCUGAAAAACCGAUAUUGCUCACCUUAACGUUGGAGGACCCAAAGUAUAUUUCGUGCUCCUGCUAUCUCUCUAUUCAAUUGUUAAAAAAAUUCGUGAAGAUGAAAUGCGACGUGGCAUGUGACGUAACGACGGCUACUGCCGCAACUACAACUGCUACUGACGAUAGUAUUUAUAAUGGUGCUGCAAAUAAUGACAAUAAUAAUAAUAGAGGUGGUGAUGAUGAUGAGGAUAAUAAAAAUUUUAGCGGUGAUACUGAGGGUAGUAGCAGAUGUAGUCGUGGUGUUGAUGGCGAUGAUGUGAUGGUGGGUGUGUUUCAUGAAGCCGAUGAUGACUUCCUGCCGGAUAAAUACGCCAUUGCUGACGUGGAGAAGAUAUUCAAGAGUUUCUCUAUCAGAGAUUUACAUUUGCACGCUGUGGUUUGGAAGAAUGCAACCAUUGACAACAGAACUGUUAAGAAACUCCCGGUUUGCCAGUUCAACACAUUCAAGGAGUAUCUCAGGUUCAUGAAAAAACAAGAAAAUCGUCAGCAGAGGAAAAACCUAGCAAGUUCAUUGCUACAUCCAUCAUCAUCAUUAUUAUCAUCAUUCUCAUUCACCAAAUCAUUAUCGUCGUCGUCAUCUCUAUUGUCACCAAAAAUAACUUCUGAUCCAUUAAAUUCAUCCGUUGUCAACUCAAACCACUACACAGCAAACAGAGAUUCGAGCAUUUUCAAAAUCAAAAUCAACACCAAAAAUUUAUCAAUGAAAAAACAUCAUGAUCGUAGCAAUGACCAGUAUAACAAUGAUAAUAACAUUGAUGAGGAUAGUUGUUUCUCCACUCCCAACAACUCUUCCUCUAGCAGCUACUACACUAGCAACAAUACUACAAAGAACAACUCCAGCAAUAAUACCUCCUUCACCCUUCCAGAAGUUAAUGACAUGAGUGGAAUUACUUGCAGCAACUCAGUUUAUUUUUCAAUGCUAUCGAGUGACGGGUCGGCGUGUGAUCAUCAACAUUCGAGUGCUGAACUCACAUUGCAAGCAUCUCCCUCUAAAGAAGAAUCUACGACAUCUGAGUCCGCUCCUACAACAUCAACAUCAAAAAUUACAUUAACAACAUGGUCGUUGGCUACAUCAACGACCAACAUUACAACAACAGUUACAUCAUCGUUGGCUACAUCAGCAUCCAACAUUACAACAACAAUUACAUCAUCAUUGGCUACAUCAACAACAAAAGUGGUUACGAAUCAAUCGUGUGUCAGUUUGUGUAGAAAUGAUAAUAAUAAUGAAGUCGGAAGGUUGUUGAAGCAUUCUGCAAGUACCACCCAUGGAUCAGAUGAUGUUGAUCUUGUUAUUCUCUUGCCGUCAUCAUCGUCGUCAUCAUCUCCAUCAUUGUCAUCAUCAUCAGUAUUGCGUAAAGCAUCAACACCUUCAACAUUUCCAUCAAAAACAACGUCAUCCUUAUUAUGUUUCUCUUCAUCAUCAUCUUCGUUGUCGUCAUCAUCCGUGGUGUCUUCGUCGUCAUUUUUGAAGCCGGUCAGGGAGAAAGGUCAACUCUGGACCCCUUACAGAUCUCCACUUAAAGAAAAUCAAAUUCCGCAGACAUCAUCAGCGUCAUCGUCAUCAUCGAAUUUAUCAUCAUCAACAACCUUAACAUCAUCGUCAUCAUCACCACCGAUAAUUACCUUCAAUCCAUCACUACCUCUUCCUUCAUUCAAUUACCUCCUCCAGUCGUUCAACUCCAGCGCUGAUGGCAGACGUGAUGAUGAUGAUGUCUCUUCAUAUUUAACGUCAUUAUCAUCAUCUGUUCUUUCCUCAUCAUCCUCAUCAUCCUCAUCUCUAACCAAUGUUAAAAUUAACUGCCCAAUCAACAACAAUAGCAGAAGCAGCAGCAGCAGUAAUAAUAGCAGCAACAACAGCAACAACCUUGUAAGUAGCAGCAACAACAACAACGACAACAAAACCCCCGCAAAGACCACCCUUUACAACAUCGAGGCACCCAACCCUUGCGACACACAUCCCAACAGCACGGAUCCCAAAAUUGGCAUCUUCAUCUGCAAGGGCAAGUCGAUGACCUUACAAGAUCGUAUGAAGUUUUACGACGCCAGCGAUAUUCAUUCUCGAGCGCCAUCUCAAACCAAAUUUAUAAACUACCCCUCACCUCACAGUACAGUUUCUUCACAUAAUUUUGACAAACCAUUUAGAAUACACGAAGACACUAUGGAAGACGAGACUUCCGGUAAUAACGUGAAUAAUAAAAUAAACGAAUCAGCAAACAAAUCAAAACCAAAGACAUUAAAACACAGAAGACUAGCUCCGUGGCUAGGACAGAAUGUCGAGGAAAGUAAUAUGAUUUAUGAUAGGAAAAGUCCAUCCAAUGAUAUUUCUGGUGGGCAUAGCUCGAAUAGUGAAAACUAUCAGCAAUCAAAGGACAAUUUAAUGACCUCACCUCCGAGGAAAAUUAAAAAUACAAACUCCACUGAAUUCCAACUGAACAUGAAAGGUACAAAUGGCAAGGGAAGCACUGGCAACCGUUUAAAACCACGGGCUUUGAAGACCAUCAACUGAGAUGUCUAAAUAACGGAACCGAACGUACGAGGAGAGCGUACAAAACAAAAUUAUUUUAUUUAAUAUUUCCAAACAAUUAUAUAUUCUAUUGUUGAGUGGUAAUGUGUGGCUGAAUGUGAAACUUUAUAUACUUUUUAUAUUCUUUUAAAAGUUUAUUGUAUAAUUAAAUUAUUUUAUUUUCUAAGAUUCUGAACGCUUGUGGCAUUUAAAUGUGGCAUAUUACCGAGAAUGUAUUGUUAGCUCUUUUUUUGUUCAGAUUGUUUUCGUGAACACUGAACAGUUUUUGUUGUAUUUUUUUAUUUUAGCGUAAAAAAUUCAACAUCCACGUAAAAAAAAUUUUUAACUUUU